AUGCUUCGUGGACACUCUUUACAGCUGACCCAAGUCAUCCUCGUGGUCUUCCCAUGUUUCUUUCUUUUCGGUUAUAAUCAGGUGGGCGUCGGGGGCCUACUCGGCUUCGACAGCUGGACUGGCCUAUUUCCCCAAAUCGACACAAUAAACGCUACCGGAGAGACCGAGUCACAAAAAUCCGUGAUGCAGGGCGUCUACGUUUCCUGCUUUACACUUGGAGGUGCCGCGGGCUCGUUAGUUUGCACUUCCAUCGGAGAUUUCCUCGGCCGGAGAAAAGCCAUUUUUGUCGGGGCACUUUUAACGUUCAUUGGUGAACUUCUUUCGUGCACUUCGUUUAGUUUCGCUCAGUUACUGGUCGGACGGAUCGUGACUGGAAUUGGUAUUGGUUUCACAAGCACGAUAGUCCCGGUCUGGCAGUCUGAGUGUUCUCCCGCAGCGGAUCGGGGAGCACAUGUUGUGAUUGAUGGUAUAUUCAUCACCAGCGGUUAUGCCAUUAGCCAGUGGAUCAAUUACGGAUUUUCUUACAUCGACCAUCAUUCUGUCUCGUGGCGCGUGCCAAUGGCGAUUCCUUGUGUCUUCUCGCUUAUGCCAAUCGCGUCCAUUUUCCUCCUCCCGGAAUCGCCUCGCUGGCUUGUCCGUGCCGGUCACACCACCCAAGCAGCCCUCAUCCUGGCUCGCAUCAAGGAGAUCGAUUCUGAAGAUCCGGAAAUCAGACACGAGAUUGCUGGCAUUGAGGCGUCGCUUGAAGAAUCAGCCCAAAAUGCAGCAAGAGUCAAAGACAUUUUCACUAUGAAAGACGGCAAACUAUUUUAUCGGUUCAUGCUCUGUCUCGGAUUGCAAUUCUGGGUUCAAAUGACCGGCGCAAAUGCGAUUAGCACGUACUGCACGACAAUUUUUCAAGAUAGUCUGGGUUUAACUGCCGACCUUUCCCGAGUCCUAGCGGCAGGCAUGUUGACAUGGAAGUUCGCUGCUUCAUUUGUCGCUUUCUUCACCAUUGAUCGGUUCGGACGCCGGAAACUUUUUCUGUUCAGUGGCGUUGGUAUUACGCUGUGCAUGAUGUGCAUAGCCAUCACGAGCAAAUACGCCAGUGAGAACCAUGGGGCUGCCAUCGGAACCACUUUCUUCAUCUUUCUGUUCGCUUUCUUCUUUCCCAUCGGUUUCUUGGGUCCAAGCUUUCUCUAUUGCACUGAGGUCGCUCCUCUACGCCUUCGCGUUGCUAUGACUUCGAUAUCCACGGCAAAUCACUGGCUUUGGAACUUCGUUGUGCAGAUGAUCACCCCAAUCGCAAUGACAAGUAUCGGCUACCAGUACUGGAUUGUAUAUACAGUUCUUUGUUUUGCGUUCCCGGUGACCGUCUUCUUCUUCUACCCUGAGACAAUGGGUCAGAGUUUGGAGAAACUUGAAGAGCUCUUCCAGCAGGACCUGUCUAUAUUCCAGACGGUUCGAUUGGCGAAUAAAUUAGCAGGCACGACACAGGAGUUAGAUGAGAUGGUCAGCGACAAGGGGAAGAAGCUUGAGCAGAGUGGAGAUACGAGUCCUGCUCCUUAAUUUUACGAGUAAAAUUAUAUCUAAUGAGUUACGU